AUGGAGAGCAUGAUGAUCCAUCUGAGAAACAUCACUAAGGAGAUCAUGGGGAGUAAUUGUUCCAUCCACAAAUUACAUGAACAUCCAUUGAUCUUUAUAGAAGAUCUGAAAGUUGAAGGAGAGAAGAAAGUUGUUUGUUGGGUAUGCGAAGAAACACCAUCAGGUCCCGGGUACAAAUGCUCUGAGUGCGACUUUCUCAUCCAUAAAUCAUGCUUCGACCUACGCGAUGAGAUACAACAUCCCUUGCACCCCAACCACACCCUUUUUAUCCGACCACCAGCUGGGCGUCUUCGUUAUUGUGAUGCUUGCGGUAAAUGUUGCAGAGGGUGCUUCAUUUAUUGGUGCGAUCGCAAGCAAUGUGAUUUCAGCCUUGACACUAAAUGUGCUUCUCGCUGGCAAGUAAAUAAGGAUGAUUGUCACCAGCACGCAUACAUUCCCUUCUUGAAACAAAUUAUGUUCAUUUGCGAAGCCUGUGGCGAGAAAGGCAGUGACAUCGGAUGCCUUUGUAGCAUAUGUCAACUCUUGGUACACACCAAAUGUGCUUCGCUUCCACGCACCAUCAAAAUUGUGGAUCAUGAUCACCACCUCACACUCACCUAUUCUGUUCAUCGUCAAGUUAAGGGGCAUGCCAACAUAUUAUGUAAACUCUGCUCUAAAGAGGUAAAUACAAAGCGUACUACUUAUUAUUGUCAUAAAUGUAGUUAUGUUGCCCACUUGAGAUGCACAAGAUGGCGUGACUUUGGGGAGGACAGAGAGUCGACGCCCAUUGGAUAUAUUGGCCAUGUAACUGGCUUAAUCAAGGAUGUCAAUCGAGUACAGAACGAAAAAGGCCGGCCUCGGGAGAUCCAACAUUUUAGUCAUGAACAUGACUUAAUUCUCAACUAUGAGGAACUCGUGGAUAAUAAACUUUGUGAUGGGUGUAUGCAAUUCAUCUCACCUCCAUUCUACAAUUGUGCCCAAUGCGACUUUUUUCUUCAUGAUUUAUGUUCUAAACUACCCACAAAUGGUAGACAUUUGUCUUUCCCAUCAACAUCUUUCACCCUCUUGUCACAGGCACCUUUCUCUGGUGGUGUGUUUAAUUGUGUUUCUUGUAAACAAUAUCGUCAUGGAUUCGCCUACAAAUUUGGAAGUGGUGCGACAAUCUUCGACAUUCAAUGUUUUGCAAUUCAGAAAUCCCUUCAGCAUGAGUGUCACCAACACCCCCUUUUCUUCGCUACAACUUCCAAACAAAAAUGCAAAUUUUGUAAUGAACGUGGCGUUUUAGUAUGCUCUAUUUGCAAUUUUGCUUUGGGUUUUACAUGUGCAACUCUUCCACCCGUAGUCAGCCAUAAAUAUGAUGAUCAUCCCCUCAAACUCACUUACACUGCUGAAGACAAAUCCGGAGAAUAUUUUUGUCUAAUUUGUGAAAAAACAAGAAAUCCAAACCAUUUGUUCUAUUUCUGUGCAAAAUGCGACUUUCCUACCCAUUCUGAAUGUGCUAUUGGGAAGUAUGCAUACAUUAAAUUUGGAAAAACUUAUAAAGAUGAACAUCAUAAACACCCAUUCACUUUUGUUCCAAAGUCAGAGUACUCCUCUCCAUGUGAUGUUUGUAGCCUCCCAUUCGACGGAGUGGCCCUAGAAUGUACUCAAUGUAAAUUGACUGUUCAUCCGAGAUUUGGGUCUCCCCAAAAAGAUUGUUUGCAAAAACUACAUAUCUUUGAACUGAUCAUGGACAACAAGCGACGUGCACGCAUAGAAGGGAGGGAAAGAGGCAGUACCACCAAGGCAAAUUUUGACGUGGCUUUGUCUUCAGAUUUUGCAGUGGUUGCCAUAGUGGUAAGUGAUUCAAAUGGUAACAUAAUUGGAGCUGCAACUAAGAAAAUUCUUACUAAGGAUGUCACCAUAGGUGAAGCUCAUGCGGCCUUUUUGGCGGUUCAUACUGCAGCUUCAUGUGUUGCUUACUCUCUCAUCCUUGAAAGGGAUGUUCUCAAUGUAGUCCUUGCUAUUCAACAACCCUAG